UAAUCCGCCAUAUUUUUCUUGAGAGUCGCCCAUUGCUUGCUAGGUGUAGUAAAAUUAGUGAAAAAUAGAAAGAACAAUGAUUUUAUGAAUAAACGCUUAUAGAUUUAGUACCAGUGUUUAGUGCGUUAGUUGUUAAUUUUAAAUAAUUAGUAGUUACGUUGCUGAUUUGGUGGAAUCCGUGUUUCUCAUCUCGUUUCUCCAGUUCAAUCUAAACAGAAAAUGGCCGACGGUGUUGGUGCGGGUGUCUCCUUUGUUUAGGACUGGAUUUUAGUGAAAAUAAGCAUCAAAAGAAAUAAUGCCUAGUGCCUCGUUUUCCUCUUCGCGUUCUUACGUCCGUAGAUCGCGAAGAAAAGGUGGCCACCGUAUACCGCUACCGUCUAGGACCCAAUCGACUGAACCAUGUGAGUCGGUGCCGUGCCCUAACAACGUGCCAGGCAGCGCGAUGGCGGCCACAGCGGCGUGCGCGGGCCCGAGUGGCAGCGGCGGCGGCGGUGGCUCCCCGCCCGUGCCUGCAGCCGCCGCGGCCUCCACGCCCGGCCAUCACAGCCCAUAUGAUCUCCGGAGGAAGUCACCACCAGCGUACCACGAGCCCGGCCCCAGUGGCAGUGGCACCUGCUCUCUACCAGCUAGGAAGCGCCCUAGAACAUCGCUGUCCCAAGGCGUGGAUGUCAGCAACGUGUCCCAAUACCUGCAAUACGAGCUGCCAGAUGAAGUCCUUCUGUGCAUCCUGUCUCACCUGACCGAGCGAGACCUGUGCCGGGUGGCGCAGGUGUGCAAGCGGUUCAACACCAUCACCAAUGAUACGGAGCUGUGGAAGAGCCUCUACCAGUCAGUGUUCGAGUACGACACGCCACUCAUGCACCCGGCUCCUUGCCAGUUCGAGUUCGUGUCCACCGAGGACUGUGAGGCCGACAACCCGUGGAAAGAGAGCUUCCGCCAGCUUUACUACGGCAUACACGUGCGGCCCAACUACCGGCCCAAGAACCAGUCGGGGCGGAUGAAGCAUUUCAGCACUAUACGGAGUGCCCUCGAAUACAUCGAGGAGCGCAGCGGCGCGUGCUCGUGCGGCGCGGGCUCCACGUGCAGCUGCCGCCGCCCGCCGCCGCCCUGCCCCGCGCUCGUGUUCCUGCACGCCGGCCUGUACCAGGAGGAGCUGGCCGUCGACUCGGACGUGCAGCUCAUUGGCUGCGCAUCAGGCAACGUGGCCGAGUCCGUCAUCCUAGAACGCGAGGCGGAAUCCACUCUAACAUUCGCUGAAGGAGCGACGCGGGCGUACGCCGGCCACAUGACGCUCAAGUUCUCCCCCGACGCCACCAGCACCAUGCAACACCACAAACACUACUGUCUGGAAGUGUCGGACAACUGCUCGCCGACGGUCGACCACUGUGUCAUACGGAGCGCUAGCGUCGUCGGAGCGGCAGUAUGCGUCUCAGGCGCGGGCGCCAACCCGGUCAUCAAGCACUGCGACAUCAGCGACUGCGAGAACGUGGGCCUCUACGUCACAGACUACGCUCAGGGAGCCUACCAGGACAACGAGAUCUCGCGUAAUGCGCUCGCCGGUAUAUGGGUGAAGAACUUCGCGAACCCGAUCAUGCGCCGCAACCAUAUACACCAUGGGAGAGAUGUGGGGAUUUUCACGUUCGAGAAUGGAUUGGGCUACUUCGAGGCUAACGACAUCCACAACAAUAGAAUCGCCGGUUUCGAAGUGAAGGCCGGCGCGAACCCCACCGUCGUCCACUGCGAGAUCCACCACGGCCAGACGGGAGGCAUAUACGUUCACGAGUCCGGCCUCGGACAGUUCAUAGACAACAAGAUACACUCCAACAACUUCGCCGGGGUGUGGAUAACGUCGAACAGUAACCCCACGAUUCGGCGCAAUGAGAUCUAUAACGGACAUCAAGGCGGCGUGUACAUAUUUGGCGAGGGCCGAGGGCUCAUUGAACAUAAUAAUAUUUACGGGAACGCGCUGGCUGGGAUACAGAUCCGCACAAACAGCGACCCGAUAGUGCGGCACAACAAGAUCCACCACGGCCAGCACGGCGGCAUCUACGUGCACGAGAAGGGGCAGGGGCUCAUCGAGGAGAACGAGGUGUACGCGAACACGCUGGCGGGCGUGUGGAUCACCACGGGCUCCACGCCGGUGCUGCGCCGCAACCGCAUACAUUCCGGCAAGCAGGUCGGCGUAUAUUUUUACGACAACGGCCACGGAAAGUUAGAAGACAACGAUAUUUUUAACCAUCUAUACUCGGGCGUCCAGAUCCGGACCGGUAGUAAUCCGGUUAUUCGCGGCAACAAGAUCUGGGGCGGGCAGAACGGCGGCGUCCUAGUUUACAACGGCGGGCUAGGCCUGUUAGAACAGAAUGAAAUAUUCGAUAACGCGAUGGCCGGUGUCUGGAUCAAGACUGACUCAAAUCCGACGCUCAAACGGAAUAAGAUCUUCGAUGGCCGCGAUGGGGGCAUCUGUAUUUUUAAUGGUGGAAAGGGCGUGCUAGAAGAGAACGACAUAUUCCGCAACGCGCAAGCCGGCGUGCUGAUCUCGACGCAGUCGCACCCGGUGCUGCGGCGCAACCGCAUCUUCGACGGGCUGGCGGCCGGCGUCGAGAUUACCAACAACGCCACCGCCACGCUCGAGCACAACCAGAUAUUCAAUAACCGGUUUGGAGGGUUGUGCCUAGCGUCAGGCGUGUCCCCGCUGGAGCGAGGCAACAAGAUCUUCAGCAACCAGGACGCGGUGGAGAAGGCGGUGGGCGGCGGCCAGUGCCUCUACAAGAUCUCAUCUUACACUUCCUUUCCGAUGCACGAUUUCUACAGAUGCCAGACAUGCAACACGACAGACCGCAAUGCAAUCUGUGUAAACUGCAUCAAAACUUGCCACUCGGGACACGACGUAGAAUUCAUCCGCCAUGAUAGAUUCUUCUGCGACUGCGGCGCGGGCACGCUGUCCAACCAAUGCCAGCUGCAAGGCGAGCCCACGCAGGACACGGACACGCUGUACGACUCCGCCGCGCCCAUGGAGUCCCACACGCUCAUGGUCAACUGAGUGCCAUACACACCCCGCCACCGACGGUCAAGCAAUAUCAUAGUUACAAUACGGGAGUGCGCAGAUCUGCCGUGUAAAUUAUCUUCGUCGUGUCGCGUCGAGUCUGAAAACUUUACAUGAACGUUAUUAUUUAUUUUAGGUAUUAUUUGCCAGACUGCAAUGAUUAUUAUAGAAUAUUUUCUUAUUUUAAUUCGUGAAUUAUCUAAUUAUAAAUGUUAUAUCGAUACUAUUUUAUAAUAUACAAUUAUUGAAUAUCUCUUUUGCCACCGCAAUUUUGGUUUAGCAAUUAUGUUUAUUAUCUAAAACUUCGGAUUACUAUAGUAUUUACCAUGUGAGGAGUCGCUGAUUGGUACAGCUGUUUACUGUAAUGCCAUGUUAUUAUAAAAAUUACCAUUUACAUAUUAUUGAUUAUACUAUAUCAUUUUAUUCAAAAUGGGCAAUGUCGUUUGAUCAUAUAUUAUUUCUACAUCGUUACAAGUGUAUAUGUAGGAACACAUUUUGGUCGUCAGUACUUAAUAUUGUAUUUAUCAAGUAAUCUUGCAUUCCCAAAUUGUAAUUGUACUAUAAUCUUUAAAAAACAUUGGUAUCUAGAAUAAUGGUAUUCGUUUUAUAAGAUGUAUGAGUAGUCAAUGAUAUCUUCUAUAUUAUAGUUUCAUUAUUAUCAUGGAGAAUUAUUUGGUGUUGUGUUAAAAGCAAGUGUAUUAUUUAGUGAUUUACUUUAGUCUCUCGAUCCAGCGACUGCGGCAGUCAGGUCAGCUCGUUAUAAGUGAUAUUUUAACGAAUUGACGACGCAAUCAACACUCUUUGUUAGUGCAUUUAUUGAUUAGCUCCCUGACUAUACGUUCGGAUGUUUUAGUUAAUAAAGAUAGUUUGCAGCAUCGGUUUGGUUUGUGGGCGAGUAGUGUUCAGUGUUGUCCGUGAGGCGCCAGCCCGCGGCCGCGGCGCGUCGGCCGGAUCGGGCGGGGCCUCCUCAUUUCGAUUGGGAGUCACCCUCGCCUAACUAUAAGGGCGCUCCUAAUGCGCUUUGUAAAUAUUUUAUGUCACACAAUAAUCGAAAUGUAGUAAUUAAUGUAUUUGUAACAUUAUAUUUUUAUUAUUGAUCACAAUAUGUAUGUUAAAUAUGCUCGUGGGUGUCGCAUGUCGCGGCAUAAGGUUGUAUAGAGCAUGGAAGCUAAUCACUAGCCCUAGUUAGCGUUCCAAGUUAUCAAUAUCCGUCACGGCGGUCUUAGUGUAAAAUACAUGCAAAUUAAGAACGAAUGUGCGUAUUAAAUUGGUAAGAUCUUAGGUACAAUUGAUAUUUUAUUAUAUUGUUAAUUUAAAUUUGGUAAUGAUAUCGAUUGAGAAGCAAUGUUAGGAACGGAUGUCCCGUGCAGCGGCGGAGAGGUGGUAGCGAUAAGUCUAGCCAAUAAGCUAUAAUGAAGUCUAAAUUACUCAGUAUCCACAACUUUCGAAAUUGUUAAAUGUCUCCAUAGCACGGUAUGUCCUCUGAUCUGCUUUUUAUAUAUAAAAAAUAAUAUUCUUUAAUCUGUGAUCAUCGCUAAAUGUGUAAGAAAUAAUUUAGUUGAUCUCCAUGUUGUGAGUUUGGGUCGAUUUACAUCAGUAUCAAAAUUAUAUUCUGGCACAGCCGAUGCUUACCUAUUUACUCAUCGUGGAAAAUGUUAUUUAUUGAAUUCUCAGUAUGUUCUUAAAUUAUUAAAUUUUAAAACUGGAUAUUUUGUUUAUACAUUGAAAUACCACUGUAAAAGCCGUGAUAUACAUCGUAUAAUAUUAUA